AUGAGGUUACAGUAUCAUUCCUGCGGAGAGGUGCUGGGUACAGCUUCAGAGAAAAAAGACGUUGCACAAGUCACCAAAAGUGAUCUGGAGAAGAAACUUCCUGUUCCAAUGUGUUUGUUCGUACUGUACCAGACCGCCUCAUGUAAAAAAUUUAAUCUAGUAUUUUUUCUGUACGUGGCUAUUUGUAAACAAACAUUUGACAUUUAUCUACCUUUUAUAAAAUAUAAAAUAAAAUUCCUAAGGACAAAAAUGACCGAAUACAAAAUCCUAGAAUUAUUUAGUGGAAUUGGUGGAAUGCAUAGUGCCUUCAAUUAUUCCAAACUACGCGGACAAGUUCAUGCUGCCAUGGACAUAAACACUGUUGCUAAUACUGUCUACGAAUUCAAGCAUCCACAGGUCAAGCUUUUAAACAACAAUAUUGAAAAAUUAACACCAAAGUUCAUUCAAAGUCUUGAUGUUAAUAUGAUACUCAUGUCACCACCAUGUCAGCCUUUUACCAGAGUUGGAAACCAGAAAGAUAUCGAUGACGUCCGAACAGAUGCUCUAACUCAUAUAAGUGAUAUCUUACCUGAUUGUAAAAAUAUAGAGUAUAUUUUGAUGGAAAACGUAAAGGGAUUUGAGAAAUCCAAAGCACGCGACAUGUAUUUAGAAGCACUCAACAAAUCAGGAUUUUCGUUUAGAGAAUUUAUUCUUAGUCCAUCUCAGUUUGGUAUACCCAACACGAGACAUCGUUACUACUGUUUGGCCAAAAAGACGAAUUUCAAUUUUCCAGGUGGACAGAUUAAUGAACAACUUCCAAGUGAAGUAGUAAAGCCUUUAAAUGAGAGCUUUAUCGUUAAAGACAUUAUAGAACCAGAUACAGAAAUUUCGAAGGAUCUUUUACUUGACGAUAAAGUCCUAAGAAGACGAGUUGGUUUGUUUGACAUUGCCAGCCCGGACUCUACAAAUACAAUAUGCUUUACAAAAGCAUACACUCAUUACAGCGAAGGCACGGGCUCGAUAUUUACACCUCUGAGUUCCAAAGAAGUGUUCGAAAUAUUUGAAAAAGCCAAAUUACUUGAUCCAUUAUCGAAUGAAUAUCUCGAACUUAUUCGUUCUUUAAGAUUACGCUACUUUAGUCCCAGAGAAGUUGCAAGAUUAAUGAGCUUCCCCGAAGAUUUUAAUUUCCCCGAAGUAACAAGUCUACGACAAAAGUACAGACUUUUAGGAAACAGUAUUAAUGUCCUAGUAGUUGGUGAAUUAAUAAAAUUACUUUGCUCAUAGCACGAGAUCAACAAA